AUGGCCAGAUCGGGCAACGCCAGAUCGGGCCGAGGAGCCUUUGGCGGAAGCGAGGGAGGCGGUGUGACCAUCUCCGGCGUGCGCGGCUCCUCCUCAUACUCCUCCCUGUGGCGGCACAACCGCUUGCGGAGGGGGCGACGAGGGAGGGCGCGGUGGCGAGGCAGGAACGUACUUCUCGUCUUCCGGCUCGGGGAUGAUCUCGUCGUCCUCGGGGGCAAUGGACGCCAUCCCCUCUUCCAUGGAGAAGAAAUAAUCCCACGUGUCAACCCCGGUCUUGGGGUCAAUCGGGGGCGGGGGCGGGGGCGGGGGAGGCGGUGGUGGCUGGGGGGUGACCGGCGUCUCCGGAGGCGGCGGCGAGACGGGCGGCGCCUGCUGGCGAUGGCGCAGCCUCCGGCGGCGGUCAUCGAGACGGGCAUCGUCCUCCUCGUCUUCCUCCUCCUCCUCGUCCUCCAUGUCCACCUCAUCCUCCUCCUCCCUAAUGGAGUCGCUGUGGGGCAUGGCGGGGCCCCUGGCGACGGCCUUGGGCGGCAUGGGCAUGCUCAUGGAGCGGUGCAUCUUGCCUGGCGAGGGCGAGAACUCCGGCAGCGAGUCGAGGGGCGGCGGCGGCGGCAUUACCUCCUCCACCGCCGCGUCCGCGGAAGCGUUGGCCGCCAGCCGAGAGCCGGGCGGCCGGCCACAGCUUGGGUGGAUGGAGAAGAGGAUAAGGAAUUUGUGGAUACAAAGCAUGUAGGUGGACGGUGCCCUUUUUUAAUGAAAUUGGUUUAG